AUGGCGGAGCUGCUGGCGUCGCCUGGUCGGCAGCGCGACGGGCAUUUCAGCCUGCGCAGCCGGAUACAGGAGCUGUGGCAGCAGCGGGAGGACGAGGAGGAGAAGAAGCGCCGCGAGAAUGCGGGCGGCGGAGCUAAGGAUGCGGAAGGGAAAGCGGUGGCGGGAGAGAGCGGCGACACGGAGCAGGCGGCGCUGAACUGGGCGUUUGAGAAGCUGCCCGUGUCGCUCUUCCCUCCCGUGGCUUCCGGCCAAGUGAUCGAGGUGGCGUCGGACGCGAGCGUGGCGGACGCGAUUCACCUGCUGUCGCGGCACGGCAUUCUCUCCGCGCCCGUGCGCAACGUGGACGCGCCCGCCGACAGCAGCUGGAUCGACCGCUACUUGGGCCUGCUCGACUUCGCCGGCAUCGUGCUCUGGGUGCUCGGCCGGGCAUCUCAGAUGAAAGCCCGAGCAAGAGCAGAGAAGGGGGAGGGCAGGGGAGACGAGGCAGGCGGGAGCACAGCGGAAGAAACAGAAGGGGGCGGGGGGGGAGGAGCAAGGGGGGCGGCUGUGACGGCGGAAGCUGUGGCGGUGGCGGCAGCAGUGGGCAGCGGCAUUGGAGAGAGGGGCCUUCCCCCUGCUGGCAGCUUGGGCGGAGAUUUCUUCUCUCUGCUGCUCAAAGCAGACGAGUUUCAAAACACCAAGGUAUCGGACGUGGCAGGAUCCUUCCGAUGGGCGCCGUUCCUCCCGGUAACCCCCGACGACUCGCUCCUCACGCUGCUCCUGCUGGUGUCCAAGUACCGCGUGCGAUCCGUGCCCGUGGUGGAGGCGGGCCAGCCGGCCGUGCUGAACCUGGUCACGCAGAGCAGCGUGGUGGAGGUGCUCUCUGACUGCCACGGCCUGCCCUGGUUCGACCGCCUGGCGGACCGGCCUAUUUGCGACCUCGGCCUGCCCACGCUGCCCGGAGAUAAAGUGGUCGUGGUGGAGGACGAUGCGCCGGUGCUGGAGCCGUUUCGGCGCAUGCUGGCGGCGGGGGUGGGGGGGGUGCCGGUGGUGGCCAAGGGCACGCGGCAGGUGGUGGGGAGCAUCAGCGUGCGAGACAUCCAGCUGCUGCUCGUCGCUCCCCAGCUCUUCCACGACUGCAGGUCAUGCUUGCACCUGGGAAUGGGUUGGGGAAAGGGGGAAAGGAAGAAUGGGGCGAGGGGUGGGAAGGGGGGUGGGGACAUCAGCGUGCGCGACAUCCGGUUGCUGCUCGUCGCCCCCCAGCUCUUCCACGACUGCAGGUCAUGCUCACUCGCACACGAGGGGGAUGGUGGGGGGCGGAGGGAGAGGGGAGAGGGAGUGAAGCGAGGGAAAGCACAAGUGGUGGAAGCGUUGGGGUCGCUGACAGUGGCGCAGUUUCUGGAGAUAGCCAAGGGGCGCGGCUCCUCCACCGGGCUCAUCUCCCCAGCAGCCAUCCCCCCGACACGCUGCCGUGCCAACACGCCCCUGCGCCGCGUGAUGCACGCGCUGCAGGCAGCGCGCGUGCACCGCGUGUACGUGACGGACGAGGUGGGCGAGCUGCAGGGCGUGGUGACGCUGAGGGACAUCAUCGGGAAAUUUGUUGUCGAGCCUCCGGACUACUUUGGGGAUUUCUUUGGCGGCGUGGUGCCGGACGUGCAUCCGACUGCCUCCGCGCCCAUGUGGCUGCAUGCGGACUGGGAUAUUGGGGGCGGGUGGUGA